AACAGGUUGUGAUCUGCGUGUAACACCCCUAUCCGCAGGGUUAAGCAAUAAGUAAGUUGUGUCAAUUUGGGAUCUCAAUACAUCGAAUCGAAAUGAGUACUAGUGUGUCACAGCACAUGGCCAUGCACAAUCCCUUGGGAAAGCUGUCAGGUGCUGCUGUCCUUUGCCAUAAGUGUGGAAAACCAUGUAAAGGAGAGGCCCUGAGGGUGCAGGACAAAUUCUUCCACAUCAAUUGUUUCACUUGUAAAGUAUGUGGAUGUGACUUGGCCGAGGGUGGAUUUUUUGUGAGGCAAGAGGAAUACAUCUGUACUUCUGACUAUCAGAGGCUGUACGGAACACGUUGCUUCAGCUGUAAUGAAUUUAUUGAAGGUGAAGUGGUUUCAGCUCUGGGAAAAACUUACCAUCCAAAGUGCUUCGUUUGUGCUGUUUGCAGGCAGCCCUUUCCUCCUGGAGACCGUGUAACUUUUAAUGGGAAGGAAUGCGUUUGCCAGAAAUGCUCUCAGUCUCUGAGUACCAAUGCCAAACAUGUGUCAGCACAGACACCUCAAAAGUGUGGAGGCUGUGACCUGGAAAUAAAAAAUGGACAAUCCUUGGUGGCUUUGGACAGGCAGUGGCACCUUGGCUGUUUUAAGUGUCAUACUUGUGGGAAAGCCCUGUCUGCUGAGUACAUCUGCAAGGAUGGGGCUCCUUUCUGUGAGGCUGAUUACCAUUCUCAGUUUGGCAUCAAAUGUGAGCGCUGCAUGAAAUUCAUUACUGGAAGAGUACUGGAGGCAGGAGAAAAACAUUACCAUCCAGACUGUGCACGAUGUGUGAGGUGUGAAGAGAUGUUUGCAGAAGGUGAAGAAAUGUAUCUGCAAGGUACUUUAAUCUGGCAUCCAGUCUGUAAACAGGCUGCCAGGGCAGAAGAAAAGCAGAAGGUCACUCGUACUUCUUCUGAGAGCAUCACAUCUCCUCCAGCCUCCAGUGCCUCAGGGUCCCCGAGCCGGUUAAUAUAUGCCAAGCUAGAUGAUGAGAUUCUUGACUACAAGGAUUUGGCUGCUCUUCCUAAAGUUAAGGCCAUUUACAAUAUUGAUCGUCCUGACAUGAUCUCCUAUACACCGUAUAUCAAUUACUCCACUGUUGAUAGGCAUAGACUUGGGGAGUCACAUCGACUGCUUUACUCAACAUCAACUGAGGAUGAAGAGGAAGGACCAAGACAGCGUAGAGCCUCCAGCCCUGGAUCCUUUGGGUCUCUUGGUUACGGGCGUUACACACCAACAUGGUCUCGCUCACCCCAGCAUUUCCAUACACCAGAAACAGAUGGGAAAGCAGACAACAUUUAUAGGAAGCCCCCUGUCUACAGGCAACAUGGUGAUUGGCAAAGCAAAGGAUUUUGGAGUGAAGACGGUGUUGGAGGACAAAUUUAUUUGGAUCAAGAUGGCAAAAAGAUGAAGACAAGUUGGUUGGAACUGAAGGGGGAAAUGGAUGCCACAGCUGUCUCCCCUGAACUGGACCCUAAAACAUCAUCUCGAAGUCCUGCUGCUGACAGAGAACUAUUGCAAAGGUCAAGCAGUGAAUCACUCUUUCAAACAAGAAUUCCUCAUUCCAAAUCAGCUUCCCUUCCUGGUUAUGGAAAAAAUAAAUUACACAAGACUUCAGAUUUUGAAUCAAAUCAUGAUACCAGCUGGGGAAUGCGAGAAUACAAGGUUUAUCCAUAUGAAAUGUUAGCUGUUACAAUGAAAGCACGUGUCAAGCUACCAAAGGAUGUGGAUAGAACCAGACUGGAGCGGCACUUGUCUCCAGACGAAUUCUAUCGGGUGUUUGGUUUAACCAUAGAAGAAUUUAAUCGUCUAGCACUGUGGAAGAGAAAUGAAAUGAAGAAGAAAGCACGGCUCUUUUAAUCAGUAAAAUAUAUAAAUUUAAUCAGGGAAAGUUCAUCAUGAUAAAAAGAUCCUACCAGAAAACAAUGUCUGUGCUCACAACUUGAACAACAUGUAUGUUAAUUCAUCACUGGAUGAAUUAAGAGAACAGCCGUGAGAGUGUGUGCAGGCUUACAGGUUGUAUUUCUGCUAACCUUGCAUGAAAAGCUGAGUAUUAUAGCCAUUAAGCUCUAAGCUUUGACUGUUGUUUGCUGAAAACCUGUAAGAAAUAGCUGUCUAUUUAAACUAUAGCAUAAUAGGACUGCUUCUCAAAAGAGGGAGGGAAAGGGGCAGCUUGGGGUUUAGAGUCCAAAGUACAUUUUAUCUUGAUCAAAAAUAGUUUAAAAAUCUUCCACCCUGCAAUAAUUUGUUAUCAUCUUUAUGAAAGAUUCAUGAAAGAUACUUAAGUACCAUUCUGGUACAAUAAUAGAUUAUUGCUAAUAAUUGCAAAUUGAUGAGAAGGAAGCUAGCAUUGGAAAUUUGAGAUUGGUUAUCGAAAUAGAUGUGAGUUUCAUGACUGCUUCUCACAUAGUUAUGGAAGAGUUGUUUGAUGGGACUCAGGAGAAGAGCAAAGCUAAUACUGCACUUUAUUCAAGUAUACACAGGCAUAUACUCAAAAUGCUAGCAUUGUGUGCAAUCUGCUAGAUUAGCAUCCAUUAAUAUAUCGCUAACAUCUUUCUUAAAUACACAUUUACACUACUCAGUGACUAUAUUUAAAAAUGUUGCAAUAAAGUACUGCAUUAUGUCUGUGGGAGUUACAUGUUAGCUGACUGUUGUUUGCUUGCAAGGCUCUAUUUAUAAUCAGCUCAUAUUUGGACCUAGAUGCUUUUUGUGUUAAUGAUGGCUGAUGUCAUUCCAAUUUCGUGCCUAUUUUCAGUAAUCUACAGAAUAACCAACCCACUUCUGUUGAAAUUGUUCCUUGAAGCUAAUUUGAACGUAACAUUGAAUAAGCAACUAAAUUUUAAUAAAGCUCUGAGAAUGGAAAACGUUUUUUGUUGCCAGAAUUCAAGGACUAGCUCCUAAGUGUCCAAGAUGGCAGCCAGGAUAUGUAGGCACUUAAGUGUUGGGUUGGGACAAACAAGAACUGUCCUUUACCCGUGCCUGAAAAGAAUGGUAUUCUUUUUGUAAGCAAAUUAAAGAUCUGAAGCUGACUACUUGUCCUGGCUGCAACAUUUGUUUGCCCUAAGCCAGCCAGUAAUAUCACUGCCCUCUGAGGGAAAAAAACACCCAGAACACUUGGAGCAAAAUGUCCAGCUUAUAUAAAUGUGAAUCAUCAUCCCAUUGUCGCUACCAGUUCUGAAAUCUCCAACCACCAAGUCUGGACCCCAUUCCUGACAUCUGAUCCACCCACCCUUAACUCUAACCUCCAGUCUCAUAGUCCACCAAUACAAUCCAGCUCCACAAUCAGCAGGCCAUCUGAUGGAGUCCUGUGAUUCAACUUCCCACCUCAAUUCCGUGUUUAAUACAUCACCAACAUUAACCACUUUGCCACUGUUAGCUGUACCUUCGGCUGCCUCCCCAGGCCCUGGAAUUCUCCCACAAACCUCCUCGCCUCUCUUCAGUUAUGAUGAUCAUUAAAACCUAUCCCUUACCUCACCUGUCUCUUCAUGUGAUUUGGAGUCAAAUUUUGUUUGAUAAUGAUUUUGUGAAUUACUUUGGAAUGUUUUACUAAGAUGUAUAAAUGCAAAAUGUUACUAUUGCUGUGUCGACCAACGAUUCACGUUUUACGUGAAUGCUCCCAUUGGACAUGGACCCGCAGCAUUAAGCCGGCACUGAUUUGCCAAUCAAAUAGAGAGAGGCCACAUGACGGCUUGUGUUGGAAACAAUGCAGUCAUUGCUCUUUUCUUAAAGAAUAGGGUAAUGAUAUAUUAAUUAUAUGACCUGGAAGAGUUUAAUGCUGACACUGAGUGCUUGAAAUUGGAAAUAAUUCUAUUUAACAAUUCAAACAUUUUUUGUUUCAUUGAACAUUAAAGAUAUCCCAUUUCUUUUUAAAUUCAGUGAUGCACAAUUUCUGGGCCCAAAACUUCUCAAAAUCUAUGAACUGCUCAGAUACUUUAAUCUAUUUUUUUCUAAAUUCCAAGAGCUUAGUCUAAAAAUUAUUUUUUCUUUUAAUCAAUGUAUACAAUGAGCACCAGAAGAAUACUGGAAGUUUGUUUUGAAAAAUUAGAAUUGCUACAUGUCUGUGGUUCAUUGCAGAGAAUAUUGGAUGAGUUAUAAAUCUUUUAAUAAUUGCAUCUUCCAUUGCAAAGGUUUUAGGACUUUACUUAAUGGUGACAACUAGAAAAGAUCAUUUCUGCAGCCCAUGGUGGGAAGGGGCGACCUUCGCAAAUUUGUUGUGGUGCUGGGAGCCUGGCUCAGUGUCAACACACAUUGAAACUUUGGGCGUACUGCCCAUGAUGUUCAGACUAUUAAAAGGCUUUCAACAAGCAACCCAUAAAAUUACCCCUUAAUAAUUGUUUUGAAAUAUUUACAGAGCAUACAAAAAAGAACACUAACACAAUACAUGUGUGUUGAUCAUACUUUGGUAUUUAUUUCUAUCUGCAACAAAUCAAAAAACAAAUGCAAGAAGCAAAAGCUGUAAACACAAUGCAAACAUUUUACCACCAGCUAGGAUCACAGUGCUAUUAGUCAUGGAGUAGCUGUUUCCAACUCCCAGUGCCUGAAUUUUUAUAAGUUUAUUUUUCAGAAUUUGUUAAAUUCAUGAACAGAGGUACAUUAAAAAAAACUUAUGGAAGAUAUUUACCAAUCAGUUGGGAAUUCUUGGAUGAACAUUUUGCAUUGAUACUGGCAAGCUCUUAUGUCUAUCAGUUGUAACCAACUUUCAUUGGUGUAAUCACAAGAUGUUUGUUUUGCACAGGAUCUAUUUUGGAGGAACUGUAUGAGUUUCAGAUAUUUUAAAUUUCCAAUUAAUUACAAUAAAUAGAUUAAUUACAAUAAAGCUCCAA